AUGCCCGCCCUCAUCGUCGUCCUCGUCGUCCUCCGUCACCACCAACCCCGGGGCCGAAUAGGCUGCGUACGUACGAGCACCCUUGGUGUCCGGCCUCACCGUCGGGUGCAUAGAGCGGCCAGCAUGCCGUCCCAUGGCGCAAUCGACGUCCCGUCCUUUGCGACCACCCAGCUCGCCCUCCUCGACAGAGAGCUCAAGAGCGAAGUCGACGAGACCACCCAGCUCAUCUCAAACCACAGCCCUACUGGUCUGCAGCGCGCAGGGCUAGCCGUCACCAACCUGGUCGUUUCUUCUCAGCGAACCGGCCUGGGAGGCAAGACCGUCCUCGAGCUGGGUCCCGACAGCGCCACGUCCCCGACGGGAGAGCUGCCCGAACACGGCAUCCGGACAGGCGACAUAGUCCUCGUGGCCGAACAGCCCGCCGGUAGCGCCAAGAAAAGAGAGGCGAGGGAGUUGGAAAAGAAGGGCUCGAGGGGCGUUGUGACCAGGGUGCAGAGAGGGCUCGUCAAUGUGUCUUUGGACGAUGGCAGAGACGAGGUCUCGUUUCCGGGGCGGGUGUGGCUAGUCAAGCUGGCCGACGAGGUGACGUAUAGACGGAUGUACCGGACCAUGGAGAAGCUGCAAAGCAUGGUCGAGGCCGAGUACUCGAGCUUCAUCAGAGUCCUGUUUGGCCUCUCCAGCCCGUCGCCUCUUCCGCAGGACUUGUUGACGGCCUCGCGGGCCGGCGGUGUCGAAUGGAUCGAUCCUACACUGAACGAUUCGCAAAAAGAUGCGAUUCGGUUUGCGCUGGCCUCAAGAGAGAUUGCUUUGAUACAUGGGCCACCUGGGACCGGGAAGACACAUACCCUCAUAGAGCUCAUCCUGCAAAUGGUCAAACGCAAGCAGAGAAUCCUGGUGUGCGGCCCGUCCAACGUUUCCGUCGACAACAUCGUGGAGCGCCUUUCCCCGCAUCGAGUUCCCAUUGUUCGACUGGGCCACCCCGCGCGUCUGCUCCCCUCUGUCCUCCGCCACUCUUUGGACGUCCUUACGAAUACGUCGGAAGCAGGGGCCAUAGUCAGAGAUGUCAGAGCGGAAAUGGACUCGAAACAAGCAUCCAUCAAAAAGACGAAGAGCGGCAAGGAACGACGGGAAAUCUACUCUGAUCUCAAGGAACUACGAAAAGAGUACCGCGAGCGGGAGCGCAAAUGCGUGGGCAAUCUCAUCGGUGGUAGCAAGGUUGUUUUGGCCACCCUACACGGCGCCGGGGGCUUCCAACUUCGCAACGAGGAAUUUGACGUCGUCAUUAUCGAUGAGGCCAGCCAGGCGCUAGAGGCACAAUGCUGGGUGCCUCUGCUGUCUGCCAGGAAGGCUGUUUGUGCGGGUGACCAUUUACAAUUACCCCCGACGAUAAAGUCACUCGGUUCAAAGGCAACCCCAAAGGUCAAGGGUGAAGAAGUCCCGGUCAUCAAGGGCAUGACUCUUGAGAGGACGCUUUUUGACAGAUUACUGGCGCUUCACGGGCCUAGUAUCAAGAGGAUGCUUACAACGCAGUAUCGAAUGCAUCAGGAGAUUAUGCGGUUUCCGUCAGAGGAGCUAUACGAGUCGAAGCUUGUUGCGGCAGACGCCGUCAAGGCCAGGCUACUGAAGGAUCUAGAAUACCCAGUCGACGACAACGAAGACACACGUGCGCCUCUCAUCUUUAUCGACACCCAAGGGGGUGAUUUUCCAGAGAAGAACGAAGAAGAUGAUGGAGACAAUCCCAGAAAAGGCAAGGGAAGCCUACAUGGCGAAAGUAAGAGCAACGAGAUGGAAGCAGCUUUGGUAAUGCAGCAUGCGGGGCAGUUGGUAGAUGCAGGCGUUCGUCCGGAGGACAUUGCUGUUGUAACCCCGUACAACGCCCAGCUGGGUGUGCUGGCCCCGUUGAAAGAAAAGUUCCCCGGUAUAGAACUAGGAAGUGUGGAUGGGUUCCAAGGCCGCGAGAAGGAAGCCGUCAUUGUCAGUCUUGUCCGGAGCAAUUCCGACGGUGAAGUAGGGUUUCUUGGCGAAAAAAGAAGACUGAAUGUGGCCAUGACUCGACCCAGACGAUCGCUCACUAUAGUUGGGGACUCGGACACCGUGAAGAGGGGCAGCAACUUUCUUAAGAAAUGGAUAGAAUACCUCGAAGACAACGCCGAUCUUCGUUAUCCUGACGUAUCGUCCCUUGGCAAGUAG